AUUGGUUUGGUACUUUAAACCUCAAACCCUAAUUUUUUUUAACCUGAAUCGCUUCGUUUCCGAUCGGAGGAAGUAUUUGGCGAUGCCGGUAGGCUUGGAAGAUGAGGAGGCGGGUUCACUGGCUCCGCCGACUAGAGCUAGGCACAUUGGAAAGAGAGCUCUUAGGAAUAAAAGCGUCACCGUCUCUUUUGACGAGAAAGAUCUCAGGGAUUUUGUGACUGGUUUUCACAAGAGGAAGAAGAAAAGAAGAAAGGAAGCCCAGAAGCAGCAGGAGGAAUCUAUGAGGCGGAAGCGCAUUGAGGCUCGUAAGAAGAGGAAAUUGGAAGAGCUUAUGGUCGCGGGUCAUGGUGAGGAUAAUGAAGAUGGGCAAGCUGAAGAGGAUGCAGAGAUUGAAGAAGAAGAAGAAGAAGAAGAGCCUGAUGCUUCAACUUCUGGAACGACGAUGUAUGAUACAAGGGAGCUGAAAGUAACGGUGACAACAAGCGAGAUAUCUCGUGAAGAGGAUGAGCCUGUUCGCAAGGAGAAGACCCAAUCAACAGAAUUGGGUUCCACGGCCAAAGCUUCCACAAAACAGCCCCUGCCUGUGAGGAAAAGCAAACCCUCGAAGCAGAACCGGAAGCACAGGUCAAGCACCAAAACUAUGAAGAAAAGAGAUAAGAAGAAACAAGCAAGAGGAAUCAGGACUUCGCGGUAGCUAUAGAGAUCUGUGUUCUGUUCUCCAAAGCGAUACGAUGCAUUUUGGAGCUUAUGAUGGUUGGAGACUAGAAGAGAGAAGAUUUUACAGUGGAGAAACGAAAGAAAACAAAAAAAAAAACAUUUUGUUUAAGGUAAAUUAGUUAAUUCACGUCUUCAAGACAAUGUUUGAAGACAAUGUCUCUCGAAUGUGGUUUGUUUUAAUUUUUAUAUAUCUUCUAUUUCUCCAUAUA